AUUAACUAUAUUUAUUUUGAAUACAUUAAUAUCUGAAACUUUUCGUAAAACAUACAAUCAAGUAAAUCAAAAAGGUAAAACGAAACGGAACGGAACGGAAUGAAAUGGAUCGGGACAGAAAAUUAUCUGUAAAUAUGACAGAACGGAACGAAAUGGAAUGAAACGAUUUAGUAAUUCGAACCAAGAUGGUACUGGAAAGUACGAUGAUAUGUGUCGACAACAGCGAUUAUAUGAGAAAUGGAGAUUUUUUACCGACACGACUGCAAGCACAACAGGAUGCUGUUAAUUUGGUUUGCCAUUCAAAAACGCGCUCGAAUCCUGAAAACAAUGUUGGCUUGAUAACACUAGCUAAUGUUGAAGUGUUAGCUACACUUACUAGCGAUGUGGGCAGGAUUUUAUCGAAACUCCAUCAAGUUCAACCAAAUGGUAAUCUAUGUCUAAUAACAGGAAUCCGAAUUGCACAUUUGGCACUGAAACAUCGUCAAGGUAAAAAUCAUAAAAUGCGUAUUGUGGCCUUCAUUGGUAGUCCCAUAGAAAUUGAUGAGAAAGAACUUGUGAAAUUAGCGAAAAGAUUAAAAAAGGAAAAAGUUAAUGUGGAUGUGAUUAGUUUUGGUGAAGAAAGCAUUAAUAAUGAAGUGCUGACAGCUUUCAUCAAUGCUCUGAAUGGAAAGGAUGGAACAGGGAGCCAUUUGGUCACAGUUCCACCUGGGCCACAUUUGUCUGAUGCAUUGAUUUCUUCUCCUAUAAUUCAAGGAGAAGAUGGAAUGGGUGGCACAGGCAUGGGAGGAUCUGCUUAUGAGUUUGGUGUUGAUCCAAAUGAAGAUCCAGAAUUGGCAUUGGCAUUGCGUGUUUCAAUGGAAGAACAACGCCAGCGUCAAGAGGAUGAAGCGCGACGCGCACAAGCUAAUGAAGCGGCUACAAAUAAACCGCCAGAAACGAUUAAAGAAGUACAUAACGAAGAGGCAAUGUUAAAGCGCGCACUCGCUAUGUCACUCGAGGGUGCAGAAACUUCGUCUUCAACUGCUGACAAUACUGCUACUCCUGCUAACAUAAAUGCACCGGAUUUUGCACGUAUGACCGAAGAGGAACAAAUUGCUUUUGCAAUGCAGAUGUCCAUGCAAGAUCAACAAGAACUUGAAUCUCUCAAAGAGGAAGCAAUGGAAGUUGAAGAGGAUUAUGCUGCUGUUAUGUCUGAUCCAGCAUUUUUACAAUCAGUUUUGGAAAAUUUACCAGGUGUUGAUCCUCAUUCGGAAGCCGUCCGCCAAGCUGUUGGGUCUCUUCAACAGAACAAAGAUAAAGAUAAGGAAAGAGAGAAAGAGAAGGACAAAGACAAGGACAAGGAUAAAAAAUAAAAAAAUUAUGCUCAUUAUUCUACAUCAUUACAAAUACCCUUACUUUAUAUUAAUUGCUGUUCGAAUGUGAAUAUCUACAUAUAUACCAAAUAUAAGUUUCAGAUUUUCCACAA